AUGGAUUUCAUGAUUACCCUUUUCUUCAGUGUGUCAUAUCUCAUGGGGGUAUUUUUUCAAAUGUGCUUGUUAUAUUACAACUGCAAUGAAUUGAUUGUUGAGUCCCUGGAAAUACCGAAUAGUAUCUUUCGCAGUAACUGGUACGAACUACCUCAAGCAGUUCAACGAAGUCUCUUAAUUGUCAUAAUGAGAACCCAAAAACCUCUGGAAAUGAAAAUCGGUAAAUUAUAUGCUAUGAGCAAUGACCUCAUAGUAGGAUUUGUGAAAGCAGGAUUUACUUACGUAUUGUUAUCACAUCUUGAUUUCCAACAAGCCUGA